GAGGGGUUGGGGCAGGAGCGCGGCGGAGGGGCGUGGCCGUUCCUCCAGUUUCCCCGCCCACCCUGUCCGAGGCGACUCGUGAUUGGCUUCCAGACCGCAGGGCUCAGGUUACAUUCGCGAGCAGAGCGGAGCGCGGGAGAGCGGACCGAGAGCGCAGCGGAGGGUUCGGCGCGGGUCAGCGCGUGCUGCUUGGCCCCCCGAGUCUCCUCCAGGGACCNNNCGGACCCACCCCCACCCUGCCCCAGCUCCGCCCAGGCGAGGACCCCCCCCAACACCAGUAUGGACUGCUGCACCGAGAGCGCCUGCUCCAAGCCGGACGAGGACAUCCUAGACAUCCCGCUGGACGAUCCCGGCGCCAACGCCGCCGCUGCCAAAAUCCAGGCGAGUUUCCGGGGCCACAUGGCCAGAAAGAAGAUCAAGAGCAGAGAGAGCGGCCGGAAGGGCCCGGGCGCC